UCGCUGCGUGCGCCGGACCGCAGAGGGAGGAAGAGAAAGCGGAAGGGUGGACCCGGGGAGGGUCCGCUGGGCUCUGCAGAACGAACUGUAGCGCCCGCCAUGGAGGGGUCGGGGGAGCCCCCGCUGGAUGCCAAAUCCAAGGUCACCAACCAGCUCAUAGAUUUUCAGUGGAAACUGGGGAUGGCUGUGAGCUCCGACAGUUGCAGAUCCCUUAAAUAUCCGUAUGUGGCGGUGAUGCUAAAAGUGGCGGAUCAUUCAGGGCAAGUAAAGAACAAGUGCUUUGAAAUGACAAUUCCACAGUUUCAGAAUUUCUACAGACAGUUCAAAGAAAUUGCUGCAGUUAUUGAAACCGUCUGAAAGCUGGUUAUUUGGUUGAGAACUUGCUGUUGUCAUUCUUAACACACGCUUCACUUUCUGCAGUAAUACUGCAUAAGGAUCAAAGGAUAUUUAUUGAAUGAAAUUAUACUGUGGUUUGUCAAUUUUUUGAAAUAAGUCAAACAGGCUGGAAUCAGUGAUGAUUGUGCAACCUUGCGAAGGUGCUACACAUGACUGAAUUGAAUGCUCCAAAUGGUGUGCUUUGUGGUCUGUGAAUUAUAUCUCAGUAAAAAAAAAGUCAAAGGAACAGAAGAAUAUAAAAAAAAAAUCAAAGGAACAGAAAAAAGAACAGAAGGCAACACGAGUUUAUGUAUUAGAACAAUAGUUUUAAAAUGUAUUGGUAUUGGAAGGAUUUUAUGAAAAAAAGGUCUCACAUGGAGUCAUAUAUAUAUCAGAUUUAUGUACUGAUCCUUUGCGGUUCGUAAGCAUGAGUAGGUUUUCACACCAUUAUGUGAGAUUUGCCUCCCUCAAACCUUGUUACAAUAUUGGCACUGUAUCUGUCUGAUGUAAAAAAUAAAUAAAUCAUAAGAUAGAAAUCAGAAAAUUA